CAGAAAAUUUAACCCAGUCGUGGAAGAGGGACGGCAGCAUAUGUGCAGUGUAAACGGUUAUCACACGCUUAAAUCGGUCUUUACCUCCGCCCGAUACAACAAAGGCUGCGCCUGGCUCGACGGAGACCGCUGGCGUCUCCCACUGUUUUGUUUUUUUUGCAGCAUAAACGUUAAACCGAGACCAGCCUGUCGUUAUAUGACUCAAAAGCUGUAGGUUAUUCCUACGAACAAAACAAGGCGCGUGUUGGAAAAGGGAAAUGAGUAGGAUUCGGUCAAGUUCAUUCGUCGCUCCUGCUUUCGAAUAAUUUUUCAGCCUCGGAAUAGAAAAAAAUAAAAAUCGGUACGUGAAGUUCUAUUCUUAACCCGUACAAUACCAAAUAUAGUUAGAUAGCGAGAAUUACCCUUGCGUCCUUGGCCAAUCUGGUCAUGGUUAAGCUCUCAACGUUGCCAGUGUUUAAAAUUAAAUCACGCUGAGUUGAUGUAAAGUAAACUCUUGAAAAAUUCUCCAAAUUUAGCGUACCACUGGGUAACACUGUUUUGAAGAAUAUUUGCUAUAAUGUUGAGGCAUUGUUGUUAAAUUUAAAGGUCCCUCUUUUUGCUUUACACUGUUAAGCAAUAUUGAGUUAUACAAAUGUGUCCGCGCUCGCCACUUGCCUCAACAGACUGGAUAUCUGUCAUUUGGAGCUAAUAAUAAGUGAUUUAUGUAGCGACGAUUAAGAGCACAAGCAUUACAAGAAGGCUUUUGUGUUUGGAAAGUAACGCAAAUUAUACUGUAUAUAGCAAGCUACUGUAGUAUAGCCUUGACUGUUUAAUUUCAGAAAUUAUCGCGACGUUCUUACUGUAAAUUUUUUAAAAAAAAAACCUACAUCGUUUGAACGAUUGUACAUAUUAUCAUAUACUCAGCGUUUUAAGUAAAUGCUUACAAAUAUCAAAGACUAGGCUAUAGGUCGUUUGUAAUACGUAAUAAUGUAUUCACACCGAGUUAUUAUCCAUCCACCUGUUACUUUGAAAACGAGCGGUUUUGCAGCUUUGGUGUUAGUGCUGUUGAGCGUUUUGGUGCCGGGAUGCGUCGAGGGAGCCGUGCCGCUGGAGGAGCCUCAGAAGUCCGAAGGCAUGUUGGUGGGUCUUCGGCCCCUGCUUACGGAGUGGUCCGAAGAGACGCACCGGUACAUGGUGUCCGUUCUCGGGACACAUGCGAUUGAAACGGCGGCUGAGAAUGCUAAAUUGUACCUUGACUCUGUGUUUGGCCAGGAGAUGGUAGAGGCUGUAUCAGAGUGUGUGCGGAUGGCUAUCAGGUUUCUCUCCGUGGGGGCAGCCAGCGGCCUGAAUGUGAUUGCCGUGUAUGUCACCGAGAUCCUGAGAGCCGCUGGAAUCACGGUUACACUUCCCUUUCCCCACUUCACACCGGAAGGAGUAGCAUCGGUUGCCCAGUGGGCUCUGCUGGCUCUGAUUGGCUACUGGGUGCUUUCCCUGGUGCUGCGGCUGGCCGUGUCCCUGCUGAGACGGGUUCUGUGGCUGCUGAAGCUGUGUGCGGGCCUCUGGCUGUUUGCGCUCAUCGUGGGCGACACCCGGGCCAGCACCGACACCACAGCGCUGCGGCUGGCGUGCCUGGUCCUGGCCUGGGCCCUGCUGGGCCUGGUUCGCACCGACGCCAAAGGGGACGAGACCAAGCGGCUGGGCGCUCAGGUGCGCCACCUGGAGGGGCGGCUGAGGGAGAUGGAGGAGCGGAAGAUGGAGGAGUGAGGCAGAGUGCACCCUGCUCGAUGUUUACCUUUACGCUGUAAAUUCUUUUUGUUUGUAUAAAGUGC